GCCCGCGACGCAAAUGUUGAAGUGUAAGUGCAAGCUGCCAUUUUUUUGAUAAUUCCUCCUGAUUAGUUCAGCUAAAGGUAACGACCCUACGAGUCACUCCGCUUUGAGGUUUACCAAUUCAUUAAUCCCGUUUUCGUGCCGAACAAGUAUUCACCUCUGAAUUUACAAAAGUUCCGGCAUUUCAACUCCGGCAAAAGCGCAGGCUAGCUCGUAGUAUGCGGAUGGCUACUUAGCUGACGCUGGCUAAGUGUUAGCUGUGACUGUAAACAAACACUUGAGCUACUGAGCAAACUGCUUCUCUUGAGCCAACUCAAAAGCUGCACGUUUGUUAUCUCCUCACAGCAUUCACGGAGUUCAGCGGCUUGUAUAACGCUAUUAGAGUUUUGCUUGAGUGGGCAACGGACGGGCGCUCCUUUUUUGGAGAGUGGGGGUUGUUUUUAAUCUUCCGUCUACUUGCGUGAAGUGCAACUUUAGUUUUGAUGAGAGUGACUCAAGUGGUUUCCUCCAACCAGCUCGAAGCGCCAUCAAUUUAGAGCGGAGUCGUGGUGAGGCUGCUCCCAAGGAGACGCGCGCCAGCACGCGGACAUGUCGUCGUUUUCCGAGGCGGCGCUGGAGAAGAAGCUGUCGGAGCUGAGCAGCUCGCAGCAGAGCGUUCAGACUUUAUCUCUGUGGAUCAUCCACCACCGCAAACACUCGGGCCUCAUCGUCAAAGUGUGGCACAGAGAGCUGAAGAAAGCGAAAACCAGCAGGAAGCUGACGUUCCUCUAUCUGGCCAACGAUGUCAUCCAAAAUAGCAAGAAGAAAGGACCUGAAUUCACGAAAGACUUUGAGACGGUCCUCAUCGAUGCCUGCUCUCAUGUUGCCAGUGAAGUCGAUGAGAGCUGCAAAAAACACAUGGAGAGACUCCUGAACAUCUGGAAAGAGCGCAACCUCUACAGAAGUGACUUUAUUCAGCAGCUCACCCUGGCCAUAGAAGACUCUAACAGCCCUCAGCCUACAGUAGAAGAAAAGAAACCGGUGAAACGGACCUACCAGAAGAUCCACCAAGAGGAAGAGGAGGAUGAGGAUGAUGACUACAGAAGCAUCAGCUCUCCUCACAAUACAGAUGCCUCCGCUAAUCAACUGACAGAGGAGCUAGUGAAAGCACUGCAGGAUUUGGAGAAUGCCGCCUCAGGGGACGCCGCUGUUCGACAGAAAAUUGCCUCGUUGCCGCAGGAAGUCCAAGAUGUCUCGCUACUGGAAAAAAUAACCGACAAGGAGGCAGCAGACAAACUGUCCAAGACGGUGGACGAAGCGUGUCUUCUGCUGGCCGAAUACAACGGCCGCUUGGCCGCAGAGCUGGAGGACCGGAGGCAGCUGGCACGUAUGCUGACUGACUACAUCGGCAGCCAGAAGGAGGCGCUUGUGGAGAGGGAGAAGAAGCUCGAGGAAUACAAGCAGAAGCUGGCCAGGGUGACCCAGGUGAGGAAGGAGCUCAAAUCUCACAUCCAGAGUCUGCCCGACCUCUCCCUCCUUCCCAACGUGACCGGCGGUCUGGCCCCGCUCCCCUCGGCCGGUGACCUCUUCUCCACCGACUGAGUGGUGGGGCUCAGACUAGCUACACCCCCUCGUGUCCUCCCGCACCCAACCUACCAACACACACUUUCAGCAUAACCAUUGCAGGCUGUGUUGCUUGCCGGGGCCUUGAUGAGGUCAACAGGUAUCAGGAGGAUAAUAGAAGGGUGGGAUGAUCGUGGGAUCGCCGUCGGGACAAUAACCGGUUUUGUGAAAUCUCAGCGCCCCACAGAAAAAACAGAGACUAUGUCAGCCUGGAUUUUCCCACUUAGUUUCCACGCCACCAGCUUGGAAUGAGUUCUUUCCUGUUUGUUUUUAUCAUUAUUUUUAUUUGUAAUGCCAUAACAUGUAAGUGAAUAAAGAGGCCCGGGUUAAGUCGGCCGGAGUUACGGUGUGGCGUUCGUGGUGCUUGUAUAUUACCCGGAUUUGCGUAUGUUCAAUUGGCCUUCCGAGAGCUUGUGACUACACUGCUGUCAAGAAUGUACCAUUGAUUAGUUUAAUUGUUUUUUUUUUUGUUUUGUUUGUUUUGUUUUAAAUAGUUCAGGUGGAGAUUACAGAGACAGUGCCAUCAUGGCAGACUUGAUUUCCAAGGAGGCAUUUUUCAGAAUUUCACCACCACCAGUGCUUCAUUUUAUUGUAUGCAAUAAUUGGUCAUUCAGAUGAAGAGACACAAGGUAGUUUAACCGUCUAAAUAAACCCAAAUUCUCAGUGGCUUCCAUCAAGUAUCCUCGAGUUCUCUCUACAGAGUCACAACCAAUGGAAAUAAAACCAUCAUGUGCAAAUGAAUGACUGGAGCAAGUCCUUGUCACCUGCUUAAGAAUAGAAUAAUCCUCUUUCCAAGUAUUGCCCAAGUCCCACUUGUAUGUCCAGACAUCAAAAAACAGCCACUGUGGAGUAGGCAUGCGUUCCCGACAUUUAAGGUCAGCUAGAGAGAAGUAGCUUAUUUUGGUUUAUUAUACCUAGCUCAUUUUUAAUUUCAACUUGUCAAGUCAACAGUAUUUAUAGAGCACUUUCAAACAGCCAUCGCUGCAUACAAAGUGCUGUGCAUGGAGCAAUUUAACAUGCACAAUAAAACAAAGAGAGGUUUUUGAUAUCAGAAUAUCAGGAGUGUUUGCUAAACCAAAGUUUGUGUAUGUGUGUGUGCAUUUUUUAUUUCCCCAUGCAGUCAAUGGUGGGCCUCCCAAGCACAUUCUUGACCUCUGUAGUCAACUAAGGCUGUGUGAAACGAUACAAAUGCCCCUGCAGCCACUGGAAGCGAGGAAAGACGUGGCACCAGUUUGUUCCACUGUAGUUUAGUUAAAUCUACUGUAUCCUCAUGCUGUGCAGUCUGCAUUUCUCUCUGCAUAACCAAAUUGUACAAGCCGGAGUCUACCAGUAGGGUAGUUUUAUUUCUGUAAUGAAAGUGGUUCCAAUGGAUGCCAAUAAAACGGACCCAUUUGGACAAA